ACAACAACAACAACAACAACAACAACAACGCCAUCGCGAGUGCCACCAAUAACAACAACAACAAUGGCGAGGGAGCCAAUGGGGGCGAGGGUAUCAGCGCCGUCGUCACCAAGGUUUUGCAGGGCUACAACCUCGCGCUCGAGUCCGUCGCCAUCAAGGGACCCAAUGACAAAAGAGUGGCCCACGUGAAGAGGCCGAUGAACGCGUUCAUGGUGUGGGCCCAGGCCGCGAGGAAGAGGUUGGCCGGACAGUAUCCCCAGCUGCACAACGCCGAGCUCUCCAAGACCCUCGGCAAAGUCUGGAGGCAGCUCUCGGAGAGUGACAAGAAGCCCUUCAUCGAGGAGGCGGACAGGCUGCGGGUUAUUCACAAGCGGACCCAUCCGGACUACAAGUAUCAGCCGCGGCGUAAGAAACAGGGCGGCAGUGGUGGCAACGGCGGGGGUGUCGGGGGCUCGAGCUCAGCCGGUUGCCGGGACUCGCUGUCCUCGACAUCGUCGAGGUCCGCGGGUGCCUCGAGCGGCGGAAGCCUCGCCCUUAGCGCCUCGCGCUCCGUCUGCCCGAGCCUCAAGCAAGAGGACAUCGGGCCCUACGAGUCCGCGAUGUCCCCCUCGCCCCAGACGAGCGGCUCCGUUGGCUCCUCCUCGCCUCCGACGACGCCCUCCCAAGGCAUGUCGCCACCAACGCCGCCGACGACGCCGCGUGGACAACACUACAGUCAUCAGCAGCACAACAGUGGUCCAAUAUAUCAUCAGCAUGAUAUGACGACGUCGAAUCACAUGCAAACGUCACCCGAUCUCAGCCAGCAUCAGCAACCUGGCGUGGAUUUGCGCAGCUAUCUGGAAUUGACCGAAUCUCUGGCGCCUCUGGAAGACGAGCAGCUGGGAAAUUUUGGCGCGCUCAAUCUCGGAGAAUGCGCCUUCGAGAGCAGUGACCUGGACCAGUAUUUGCCGCAACAGCAGCAGCAACUUUCCCAGCAUAGUCCGGCUCAUAUACAUCAAUACAAUAGCCAGGUGCCAGCCUCCACCCAUUGGCUCAUCAACAGAUACGACGAGGAUUGUGUGGAGCGACUGGGUAAGCGUCACUUCGUACUAGAUCAGCAGCAAGUUCCCAUGUCAACUGAGACGAAUUGCUGGGAUGGACAACAACAACAACAGCAGCAACAACAGCAGCAACAGCAACAACGCAACCGCGAUGAAAUGAUGCGGUAUCACGAGCUCCAGCCGUUACCGGUACUACCUCCCGUCCAAUACAUAGCGCAACAACACCAGCAGCAUCACCAGCAACAGCAACAGCAACAGCAACAGCAACAGCAACAGCAACACCAGCAACAGCAACAGCACCAUCAACACCAUCAUCACCAUCACCCGGUGACUCAGGUUCCCGGGCAUCCUACGCCAGCUGCCGCAGUCUACGCUCAGUAUCGGCACUACGUGCCUAGCAUCGACAGCCGCACGAAUUUUAUUUGAAACACGUCAUCGUGGAGGGCCACGUGCUUAUCCGUCUGACGCCAAGACCAAUGUCAUGACUUUGCGGAUGAC